AUGAUAGAGGAUUUCAUUCAUCGCCAUAUCCUGUUUAUAUUAGCUGAACAAGCAAAUUUUCGUCAAAUCGUAAAGAUUAUUAAUCAAAGUGGUAAAACGCAAUCAAAUUAUAAUUUGCCUGUUGUUGAUGAACUCAUAGAUUUUUAUCAAGAAAAUUUAAAUGAUAAUGUACAGCAAUCAAUUGAAGAAGCUAAUAGAAUGAGACCGCUUCCAAAUGUCAAUCAAUUAAAUGUAAGUAAUGCUGUCCUUGCUGCAUUGAACGAGCAACCAAGUGUAGAAAAUCAACAUUCCAGAUUGUUUAUUAUGGAUGGACAAGCGGGUAGUGGCAAAACUUUUACAUAUAAUUAUUUGAUUGGUGAAACGAACAGUAGGGGUGUUAAACCUGCUACAGCUGCAUGGACUGGCAUAGCAGCAACUCUUUUAACAAAUGGGUCUACGCUGCACGGCUUAUUUAAACUUCCUGUCUUAAUACUGGAUAACAGCACAUGUAAUGUGAAACCUAACUCUAUUCAGAAAAAAUUUUUAAGGCAAGUUAACUAA